AGGCGAUCCUAUUGCGCCGCAGGACCCAAUCAGGUGUGGCACGUGGAUGGCUAUGACAAGCUCAAGCCCUUUGGGAUUGCCAUCAGUGGCUGCAUCGACGGGUAUUCAAGGCGGAUUAUGUGGCUCAGUAGUGGCAGCACCAACAAUGACCCUGCAGUAAUAGCUCACCAUUACCUGCAGUGUGUUUCGAGCUGUGGCCUUCCGGCUCGUCUUCGGACAGACUGUGGGACAGAAAACGGAGACAUGGCUGCCAUCCACUGUUCUUUAAGAGAGGACCACACCGAUGAAUUUGCGGGUUCUCUCAGCCACAUGUAUGGCACUUCAACUGCCAAUCAAAGGAUUGAAAGCUGGUGGUCCUUUUUCAGGAAACAGAGGACACAGUUCUGGAUGGAUUUAUUCAGUGACCUGAGAGAGACACACUACUUCGACGGCACCCAUGAACACAAGUGCCUUGUACGGUAUGUGUUCCUGGGCAUCUUUCAGAAAGAGCUUGAUGAGCACCGAGAGCUUUGGAAUAACCAUACCAUCAGGCCUGUCCGUCAGUCUCUCUGUCCAUCUGGGAAACCGGAGACCAUGUACCACCUGCCUCACAGGUUUGGUGGAAGGGAUUGUGGAUUCCCAGUGGAUCCCCAAGUGUUGCAGGAGUUCAAAGACCUUCUGCCACCCACGAACAGUUUGUGUGGAGAUGCUAACCUCCAAGCAUAUUUUACCAACUUGGAGAGACAGAGCCAGCUCGCUCCACCCAUAAACUGGCCAGCUGCUGUUGACAACUACAUUAGACUUAAGGAAAUGGCUGGUCUUUGAGAGAGAGAGAGAGAGAAAGAGAGAGAGAGAGAGAGAGAGAG